AUGCAUAUCCUGAACAAUGGCCGUUUCGGUAUUCCAGCUAUGUGCACCGGCGCUAUGAAGCACUGCAUCCAGAAAACGGAGAAGCUCGCAAACAUGGUCGCUCGUCACUAUGCUACCGAAUCCGUUCUAUAUCUGCUCGCCUCAAAUAUGGAUCGCGGAAUUCAGGACUAUCAGCUGGAAGCGGCUAUUGGAAAAGUCGCUGCAUCGACGUAUUCCACGAUAGUCAGUUUGGCGGAGAACCUGGCAUUCCUCGCUGGUGCACCCCUCCUUUCCACCACAUUAAAGACAGAGGUGCAUCAACAAGGAAUGGCUGGGUGUCUCCGUCCAUCUGAUUAUGGCCUUCGAGAAACUAUCAAAUGGCCGUUACAGGAAAAUGCUUGGUGGGUGUGCGAUGAGGCGAUCCAACUGCACGGAGGCAUGGGAUUCAUGAAAGACUGUGGUCUGGAACGGGUCAUGAGGGACCUGCGAAUCUUCAGAAUCUUUGAAGGUGCGAAUGACGUCUUGCGGGUAUUCAUAGCUCUUACCGGAGCACAACAUGCUGGAAGGCACCUACAGCAAGUGGCUAAAGAAAUCAAGUCUGGCGGCAUAGGGACACUUUUCGGACAGGUGGUAAAGCGGGCGACUGGUGGUAACACCGGUGCCAAUUUCUCGACCCAUGUGGAACCAGCUCUGACCGAAUCCUCACUUGAAGCCUGUGCGACUGUAUCAAAGAAUUAUUGGAAAGACCGCGAGAAUCUUCUCAUGAAGUAUAAAAAAGAUAUUGUCAAUAGGCAGUACGAGUUGGUACGAGUUGCUGACGCGGCUAUCGAUAUCUAUUGUAUGAUUGCAACGAUUUCCAGAUGCACUCACUCGUGCAAGAAGAAUGCUGCCAGCGCUGCACACGAAAAGGAAAUCGCUAGCUACUUCUGCAGUAUUGCGUCACGACGUACGAUGCAAAAUCUGAAGGAAGCAGCUAAAGGUAACGAGCACGAUGUGAAGCUGAUCACCUCUAUUGCCACUGCCGUCUGCAAGAACGGCGGACUACCACAACAACAUCCAGUUGACGUCUAG